AUGGCCGCCCGAACCGCAGCUCAACGGCUCCCACCUCGAUCAUCAGCCUCUGUACUACUACGCCCAGCGAGAACUUUCUCUCCCAUUUCUCGCCGCGCCUUCAUCUCCCUGCCGGACAGCCCUCAGCAGAGCCUCGUCGCCACUCGCACUCUCCCCUACCGUCACGAACCCCUCUACGAGCUCAUUGCAGACGUCGACUCCUACUCGGCAUUUGUGCCGUACUGUUCGCAGUCCAAAGUCACAAAAUGGUCCGCGCCAGACUCUUCCGGCCGCAGCUGGCCUACCCUCGCCGACUUGCAGGUCGGCUGGGGCGGCUUUGACGAGACCUUUACUAGCCGCUUGCGUUGCGUGCCUGGCGUCUCCGUUGAGGCUCGCAGCGGCGGCUCUGCUUUAGGCGGCCCUGCGCAAGAUGCGUCCGCCGUCUUCAAGACCCUCGAGACUAUCUGGUACCUGACGCCAAUCGCUCGCCAGUCCGCAACGCCAUCAACUGAGGUUAAACUCACUAUCAAAUACCAAUUCGUAAACCCGCUUUAUGCCGCGCUCAGCGCUGCGGUAUCCGACAAGAUCGCGGGCCUCAUGAUUGAAGCCUUUGAGAAGCGGGUUCACUACAAGUUGGGAGCUCAGCAGCGUCUUUAG